UUUGGUUCGGUUGGAGCGGCCUUGCACUUGUGUGUACUCUUCUUUCGUCAUCUUCCUUUGGCUUCCGCUUCAGUCUUCACCUUCCCUUCUCUCUGUUUCUGCAGAAAACAAAUGGCUAAUUGUUCUCGAGUUCCCAUCGGAACUCGGCCAUGAAGAGGGUGAAGUAGACUGCAUAACUUUAUUUUUGGUAUUUGGAAGUAUUGGAGUGUGGUCUGCUGCAGUUUUUACUGUAUAUAUUGAUUCAGAAGGAAUUUACUCGAUGGGGGGAGCUUGUUCGAGGAAGAGAGGUCAGCUGGACGAAGAUGGUUUACAUGUAGGGGUCCCUGGAAGAUAUGGCAAAAGUGGGAGUUCAAAGUGGUUGGCAACUUCAUUUUCUAGACCUGGUGUAGAUAUACCUAAGGGAAAUGGGAAAUGCCCAUCUCUCAUGGAGUUGUGCAUUCAUAAAAUAUGCAAGGAUCUUGACCAAUAUAGCUCAUUUUCUAUGCUCCCGAGAGAUAUUAGUCAGCAGAUCUUCAAUGAGUUGGUGUAUUCGCAACGUUUAAAUGAUGCGUCUUUGGAAGCUUUCAGAGACUGUGCAAUCCAGGAUCUUUAUUUGGGAGAAUACCCUGGGAUAAAUGAUAGCUGGAUGGAUGUCAUCUCUUCACAGGAAGCAUCAUUACUUUCUUUGGAUCUUUCUGGUUCUGAUGUCACGGAUUCUGGAUUACUUCAUCUCAAGGAAUGCACAAAUCUGCAAGCCUUAAAUGUCAAUUUCUGUGACCAGAUUUCAGAUUGUGGGCUUAAUAACAUAAGCGGGCUCUCUAAUUUGACAAGUUUGAGUUUUCAAAGAAACAAGUCUAUUACUGCACAAGGAAUGAGUGCCUUGGCUAGCUUAGUUAAUUUAAUGAAGUUGGACCUGGAGAAAUGCCCCCAGAUUCAUGGUGGACUUGUACAUCUUAAAGGGUUGACAAAGUUAGAGUCUCUUAACGUAAAAUGGUGUAAUUGUAUCACCGAUGAUGAUAUAAAGCCCAUUUCAGGGCUAUCAAACUUGAAAAGCUUGCAAAUUUCCUGCAGUAAGGUUACAGAUUUUGGCAUCACUUUUCUUAAAGGUUUACACAAACUUUCUCUGCUGAACUUGGAGGGGUGCCCAGUUACAGCUGGAUGUUUGGAUUCUCUUUCAGCGCUUGCUGCUCUGUUAUAUUUAAACCUUAGCAGAUGUCAUCUGUCUGAUGAUGGAUGUGAGAACUUUAUGCGGCUUGGGAAGUUAAAGGCAUUAAACUUGGCAUUCAAUCACAUAACAGAUGCUUGUUUAGUGCACAUGAAAGGUUUGACAAAUUUGGAGAACCUUAAUCUGGAUUCCUGUAGUAUUGAUGAUCGAGGACUGGUUAACUUGGCAGGCCUUCGGCGUUUGAAGUGUUUGGUGUUGUCUGAUACUGGAGUUGGGAGCAGUGGGCUCAGCCAUCUCUCUGGUUUGACUGCUUUAGAGAGUUUGAAUUUGUCAUUCACAGUAGUAACAGAUGGAGGUUUAAGAAAAUUGUCAGGAUUGUUAUCUCUCAAGUCACUUAAUCUGGAUGCUCGUCAAAUCACAGAUACCGGACUUGCAGCUCUUACAAGUUUGACAGGAUUGAUGCAUCUGGAUCUUUUUGGAGCUCGUAUAACGGAUUCUGGAACAAACUAUCUGCGAAAUUUCAAGAACCUGCAGUCCUUGGAGAUAUGUGGUGGAGGGUUGACUGAUGCUGGCAUAAAGAAUAUUAAAGAUCUUUCAUCCUUAUCUAUAUUAAAUCUUUCGCAAAACUGCAACCUGACAGAUAGAACAUUGGAAUUGAUUUCUGGAUUGACAGGGCUGGUCUCUUUGAACAUAUCAAAUUCCUGCAUAACUGGUGCAGGCUUGCGACAUCUGAAACCAUUGAAGAACUUGAAAUCACUUACCUUGGAAUCUUGCAAGGUGACAGCAAAAGACAUCAGAAGGCUUCAUGCAACUGACCUCCCUAAUCUGAUAACUUUCCGUCCUGAAUAGUUCUGGAGGUAAUAACAAAAUAUCCUGUAAAUACAUCGUCUUAUGGGAGAUCAACUAUAUAAAUGUAGAAAAUUUACCCUUGAUGACUUGUAAAUACUGGUAAGACUUGGAGGUGAGUCAAAACAGGACCUUAGUCCUUGUUCUAGGCUAGAAUCUUCAUGCUGCAUGUGAUGCUUCUUUCUUGAUGAAAGAAAUUGUAAAUAAGCUUCCUGCGCCGUUCACCUUGGGUUCUAGUUGCAACUUCUGUACAUAACUUUGUUUGGUGGUUUCGAAUAUUUAUGAACAGCAUGCAGUUCUGCCUUUGUAAAGGCUUGUUAAACAAUACCGUUAACUACUUGGCGUCGAUCCGAUACAUCGGCUAUGGUUAUUUCCUA